CUCAGUUGAACAAUUGUGUUAGUGAUAGAGUUAAUGUCUAAAAAUUAAAUUUAUUGGAAGAAGUAAUGUCAUGUAGAAUAAUUGAAAUUGAAUUUUUCGCUAGUAGCUAGUGUUUUACAUGUCGGUGUCUGUCUAUGUACAUUAACUUGGAUUUGCGCAUAACCACUUCGUUAUUUUAUUUAUUUCAAAAUUUUAAGAAGGAACAGAUCUAAUCUAGGUUCUCCACAACACUGACAGGGGUAGAAAAAAAAAGGAAUGCCCUUAUUUCUGUGUAAAAAAUAAAAUGAGAAUAAGAUAGAGUAUUGUCAUAGUCAUAAAAUUUCUUUUUAGUUUUCGGUGGAGCAAAUAUUUGAGUAGUUUUCCGUUUUUUCGUUACAGUAUAAUCCAAAAGAAUUAGAAUCGAUACUGAUAUUUAUUAGUGGACUUAUUUUAUAUUUAAACAAUGGAAUCGAUCAUAAUCUAUAAACUUUUGGUAUCGUACUUCGAUUACAACUCGUUUCCGUUUCUGGUAUCCCAAUAUCAAUAAGGAUUGUUAUCGUAUGUAAUCAAAACUAAUUUUAUUAAUAAACAAACAAACAAGAAAAAUGGGAUGUGAUGGAGGAACUAUUCCCAAAAGAGAUGAGUUAGUUAAAACCAAAAGGAAAGGAGAACAGGUUAGCCUUAUUGCCUUUAUCAAACCAGCUUCGGCUUAGUCACUUAGUUUAUUUACAAUUUACAGUAAUUAAUUUUAAAACAAAGUUGUUAAUUAUUAUUUUUUAUUAUUAAUAUUAUUAUAAUAUUGUUAUUAGUUAAUUAUAUUUAUAGUAACUAAUACUUAGGCCCUACCCCUACUUGUAGUUUGACUGUAUUGUACUGAGUGUAUAAUCAUGAUGAUAAUAUGUUGAAGGUUUAAGAAUUUAAUUAGUCAUUAAUGAUUUAAUUUAAAUGAUAAAUAGGAGUAUGAGUAUGACUUCAUGUGAAUUAUUAACAAGCUCAGUUUACUCAGUAAAGUAAAUGUAGUUAAUGGCAUGGUUUGCCUAGAGUUGUCUCACCCUAAGCACAGUGGCAUAACUAAAGGGAAACCCAACACUGGACCUGAACGACAAGAAUGAUAACUUUCAGUUUCAGGUUCUUCCACUUCCAUGAUUGUUAUUAUAUGCAUCAAAAACAUAAUCUGAUGAUCGAUACAGCUAAUAUAAUAUAGGUUAACAUUAAAUUUUCCAAUAGUUUUUUUAAAUUAAAAUUCAACUUGCAAGUUUCGAAAGAAAUAAAAAGAGAAAAUCAUCCUUGCUGAUACCCCAAGCCCAAGAUGAACACGGGAAAAAAUAUGUGCGAAUGGUUAAAAGUGCUGUUUGUUAGUCCCAAGCCUAACCUACUGCUACGUUUAGUGUCUUAGUAUUAGCAAUAAUGACAAUGUUGCUAUUGUAUGUCUAUGUGGUCCACUGACAUACACAACACGGUGGACAAAGUUUUUGCAUACACAUACUUCACUUAGUCGCAUUACUCAUACUCAUGGUGACCAGGCUUCACAUAUUGUAUGACAUGACAAACAUAAGAUUAUAGACUAUAGUUUCUAGGCCUAAAUUCACACACUUUAACUGUUAGUAGUGUUAGACAUUGUGUACAAACUUCACUACCACCCCCUGAGUCUAAUUGACAAGUUAAUUUUGUGUGAAACACAUCAUUUACCUGUGGUCUAACUUACCAAUAAUUGGUAUGAUCUAUAACUCUUGAGUAACAGUGUGAGUAACUUAGAUAUAACUUAAGUGUUACAGCCUUACGGAUUAAAAGAACUUAUGAGUUGAUAGUAUCCCAUAAUAGAGUAAAGUAAUAAGUAGUAUUUAAAAAUAAUUGGGAUGUUAUAACUUAAUAUAACUAUGUUAAUCUAGUUUUGGGUUUUUUGGCUGGUAGUUAAUAAACUGUAGUGAUAUUAAUGGCAUAAUUUUAAUAUUAUGAUUUAACUUUUUAAUCCCCUCUAAAUUAUAAAAAUAAUAAUGAUUUAAAAGUUUGUCCAUUACGUAUGUGUCCACUGAUAAAAAUGCUUUGUACACAAUUACUAUCAAUGCAAUGCUUAUGAUUUGAUUAAGUUCACCUAAAUCUUACAUAAGUUUUUUUUUUUUUUUCUAAAGAAAGACAAAAUCUCUGAGUUAGCAUUUAAAUGGAAACAUUGUGCAAUCAGCCAGGAAGUCUUAAUAAAGCCUAUCGUUGCAUGUGAAUUAGGAAGGUAAGUUGACCACACACACAAAAAAAACCCUGAACCAAUUUGCUUUAUAAAGAUUUUAAGACCAUUUUUGUAACAAAUAAAAAAAAAUCCCUCAAGAGAAUAGUAUAUUAACUUUUAAUACAUUUAUACUCCUGUGCAUUUAAAUUCUUCAUUGCUUAUUUCAAUUCUCUACUAUUUAUUUUAAGAUUAUACAACAAAGAGUCGGUCCUGGAGUUUCUUCUCGAUAGAAGCAAAUUUGAAAUCGCCUCACAGCUUGAACAUCUGCGGGGGCUUAAGGUACUCAACUUUUUUUAAUAAUUACAUACACCAUUGUGAGCCUGAAUUAAAAUAUUUUGGGAAUUUUUAAAAUAAAUAUAUCCUACUUAAAAUUAAAAUGUUUUAAAAUAUAAGAAGAAUAAUUUUAAAUUUUGAUUUAUCUUUUGCUUGCAGGAUGUCAAAGAAUUGAAUCUAACAGAUAACCCUGAAAGCAGAUCAAAAGACGCAGAUAAGGGAGGUCAAUUUGAUCCUAACAUUUCAGAUUUUAUCUGCCCUGUGGUGGGUUUGGUGAUGAGUGGGACAUUUAAGUGAGUGCAUUGUGAAUGAACUUAGCACUGUUGCUCACCUCUUAAAUGAAGUGAAUUAGUUUUAUAGUAAAAAGCAUUACAUUGGCCUACUUUUGUGCCUUCAAAUGUUUUUUUAAAGGACCCCAAAAUAACUACUCUUAAAUAUUUCUAACUGAAAACAAUUUUUUAUUCUUAUAUUUUUAAAUUAAUACAUUUAUCUCCAUAAUUUCAUCAGAUUUUGCUUUCUAUGGUCAUGUGGAUGUGUGGUAUCAGAGAGGGCAUUGAGAGAGGUCAAGUCAGAAACAUGUCAUAAGGUGCAGAUUAAUGUGUUUUGCGUGAGCUAUAUAAUUAUUUAUUUAGCAUGUCGUCUGCCGUAACAACCUUGUCUGUCUAAAUGAAAUAAAUUUGGGAGCCAAAAUCUCUUUUAGCCUAGAUAUGGAAUUACUUGUACAUUCUAUUCUUCUGAUGAACUAUAUCCUUAUUGUUCAUUAUCGAAUUUAUAAUUGAUAUCCUACAAAAUACUGGACAAUAAAGAAUGUUUUUUGUUUGUUACUGGACGGCUAUCGUAUGGUGAGCUGAAAUUAAUUGAGCUGAUUCCAAAUCUGAAGUCAGAUUUUUGUAAAGCACGUCAGGAUAUUAAGUUAUGAAGCUUACCUGUAAAAAUUGUAUUGUGUAUUAGGCAAAUAAAUUACUUGGCUAGUAUUUGCUUAUUUGACUAUGCUUACCGUACCACUGUGAUUCACAGUGAUCAUAAUAUGAAAUAUGUGUUAUUUAUUCUUUUAUAACCUGAAAUUAAAGUAAACAUUUAACCUAUUUCAAAUAUUAAAUUUAAUGUUUGAUUUCUUAAACCAAAAUUUAAAAAGUCCAUAGAAAUACUUAUUAAAACAUUCAAUAAAUAUAAAAAAAAAAUCUUAUGCUAUGUUUUUAAAUCUAGUUUAAAUAUAUAUGUAUGUUACUCAGAUGAAGGCAUACAAUGCAAACUUUCACCUCCUGCUUUACUUCAUACAAGUUCAAAAUUACUUUAGCACUUGCUAUUGUGGAGUGGUCGCUGUUGCCCGCUGAAGAAACUAGCAAUAAUCACCCCACAUGUAUAAAUUGCAGAGGUUUUGAUGCCUUGUUUCGAAGGUGAAGACAUCUUGAUGAAAUCUCUCACCAAACUCAUCCCUUUUAUCAACCAAGUUUAAUAAAAAAAAGUUUUAUUAAACUUGGUUGAUAAAAACUUUUUCAAAAAGUCCCUUAAAACUCAUCUGUUUAGGUCCGCCUAUGACCUGUGAUGCACCCUCCUUGCCCUACCUCAUUUUCUGUUUCGGCUUAAUCCUGAAGUGUCAAAGUGUCCUCUUUUUAUAGCCAUUUUCAUUGUUUCUAUAGAAUAGUAGUUACUAUCCUAGUGUCUCAUUUUUAUUUUACUUAGUUUACAUGUUUUAAUAAUUGUAAAGCGCUUAGAGCUUUAUGAUAAGCGCUAUAUAAAAAUGCCUAAAUAAAUAAAUAAAUGGUACAACAUCCAGAUCAGAAUGUAAGAAAUGUAUUUAGGGACAUCAGAAGCCGAUUUGCGGUAGGCUGUUAGCAUGCUGCUAACAAGUUAAGCCCAGUUCUGUGCUCUCUGUGAUUCACAAAAAAGUUUUUCACCACCAUCUUACAUGCAUCCCAAAAAACCGACAAGAUAAAGUGGGUUCAGCUAAGUUCUAAAUUAAGUAUCAUGCAUCAGUUCACAGAUUUCUGGCCUAAUAAAGAUUCCAGCAUUCAGAUCUAGUGCUACUAAAAUUAUUUUCAUGAGGCCCAGUUUAAUGUGUAGUUCACUUUCAAUGUAUAAACCAACAUUUUGUGUUGCACCUUAUGCCAGCCAACAAUGUGCUCAGAUCUAGGAGACCACUGUUUCACUUUAUUUUGGUUUUAUCAUCACGACUGUUCAACAAGCAAAAAAAAGCACAAAUGUUUUGUGUACCCCAGAUGAAAUCCUAGAAAAAGUGCUACAACUUUCAGGUCAGGUGUUUAGUUGGGUAUUGAGCUUUGAAACUGAGUUUCAUUGAAUCAUAUGUCUCGUUUGUGUAACAACACAGCUUUCAAGCUGGCUUUCCUGGAGUCUGAACAGUUUCCACUGAUCAAGAAAGUAUUUGUAACCUAACUUUAACGUGAGACCCUUUACAUCAGUACGCAGAUAUAAUUUUUCAGUUAUUAGUAUGUAUAUAUAUAUUACGAAGUUUCUGGUUGGGACAAUUUGAGCCCUAGGAAUAACUGUGGCUUUCACAGGAUCAAUUUGAUAUUGUGGUGAUGCAUAUGCACAAUACAAUCAACACUUCCUGUUUUGGGUCUUCUUGCUUAUGGGAGACACAAUAAAUAUAGCUGCUGCGUUAAUUUUGCACUCGGUAAUAAAUUUUGUUUACCUGCAAAAAUAAAUUGCUAUCUCUAAUUUUGCACUCGGUACAACGUUUUGUUUAUCGACAGUAAAUAAUGCCCAUUUGCAUGUAAAAAUAAUAUGUAUAAGAAAAAUGUCAGCAUCAAUGAAAUUAAUUCUGAGUGAAUUUGUUGAUAUUUUUACCAAAUAUCACUGGAUUAUUAGUAGGAAUAUUCAUUCGGCCUCUAACCUUUCAGAGCAGAUUAUUGUUAAUUAUUUUACAUGAUGAUCCCAUCAUUUUGCUGAAUAAAAUGUAAAUUUUUACAUAUUUUAAAUCAUUAGCAUCAAUUAACAAACAGGCUUAAUAAAGAAGCAAUUUUUACUUUAUUUUUUACCGUUAAUAUAGUAACAACAUUAUUAUCUAAAUAGGGUCACAAAAAGAGGCAAUGCCCGACUCAACACCGGUCAUUUUAUUAAUGCUAUGUAUCUAUUUAUUGAAUGCUUGCAUAACUUAAAAUCUAGAUCUGCUAGCCAGAUUCUGACUUCAUAUUUGGAAUCAAUCCGUUAAAAUGCUUAAAUCUCCAUAUGUUUUACUUUGAAUAUCAAAAUUGUAGUUGACCAAUGAAAGAUGCGGUAAAAUUUUGCUUACCUUGUUUAUUGUAUUAUUAGUUAUUGAAAUGUAACAUUAAAAAAAACAAACAUAAACACUGUUGUAAUUGUAUAUGAAAAAUGUUGGAUCCUGAUUAUCUCCAAAUGGCUGACAAGGCAGAUUAUUAGAUGUAACCCUAAUUAAAGUUAAAGUUAAUAUAAUGGCAUUUUAUAUCUGUGUGUAAGGCAAAGUUCUUAACAUACAGAAAUGGUUUAUAUUUAUUUUUAUAUAAUUCUGAUAUCACAUUUAUGUAACAUUUUUUGGGGUCAAAACAAAUACUUAACUAAUUUUUAAAUCAGUUUUUGCAGUUUUUAUAUUCUUGUCAGUAAAAGAUCUUUGGCUGAGCAAACCCAGGGAAUGACCCAGGGCUCUGCUAAACAAUAGUGGCCACAAUGUAUGAAUUCCCAUUUUCUAAAGUUACCUGACAAAACAUCCGAUCAAGUAAUGCACUUCAUAAGAAUCCCACAUGGGAUGGACACAGAAAAAAGUCUUACGGAGUGCGCUCUUUUGAAGCAAUAGUGUCAAAAUUAUGGAACAGUUUGCCCCAAUCUUUGAGGGACUUUGAAAGUGAUAAAGAAUCAUUUAAGAAACAUUUAAAGACUUUUUUAUUUAAAUAGUUUUAAGAAUAUCAGAGCACUGUGAGCAUGCUAAAGUAGCAUGGAUACAAGCGCUAUAUAAAUAUUCAAUUCAAUUAAAUUAGUUCCCCUCCCCAGGUUUACAAUCGCACAAUUUUUUUCACACCCCUGAACUAUAUGAAUAUUCUAAUGCCCCAUUCCCUAUUAUACAGCAGAUUUAUAACACCAUGUUUAAAUUGAGACUAUUUCCAUAAAACAAAAGAAAAUAUUAUGCACCAUACAUAAUUGCAUUAUUUUUUAAGAAUCACAUGUUGCGCCGUCAUCAGGAAUUUUAUUUAGUGAAAUUAGGGAUAUCGUUAGUGACAUUGUUACAAAGAGAAUUAUGCAUUUUGAUUAUAGCUAUCUUAAUUUAAUUUUGAUAAUUAUCUUAUUUAAGUGUGGAAAAGCUUUCAAGGGGGAUGAUGACGUUAUAGUACUAAAUGGGACAGAGGAUGACAUUAUUUUAAUGAAAACCAACAUGGAGAAAAGAAGGACGCUUGCCAAAUUUUCAAAGGUAUUGUGCUGCAUUAAGUUAAACCUAUGUCUGAGUAGCUUCUAAUACCCCACGAUAAAAUUUCUUUUUUAUGAUUUCUUUUUUAAAAUUAAAAUAUAAAACCAUUACCCAGCGAUUACAAGGUAGGGCUGUCUCUUUGUGUACGGUAGCCCAUCAACCUGGCCGUGUCAGAUUACCACCGGCCAGGAAGGGCGACGCCUCAAUCCGAACAAUGGCUCAACCAAUACCUAUUAAGCGAACAUUGACCUGCUUUAAGGUCAAGUAACGCAAAAUGAGUAUAAAUACUGGUACAUCCACCCUGGAGGUGGGGAGACCAAAUGAGGAUCAUAUCGAUAUGUGGUUAGCUUCCCGUUGCAAUUGCUAAGUACUAGAUUAGGGCCAUUCAAUAGUUAGCAGAAAUAUUAAAAUUAGACUUGUGAUAGUAUUGUGUAUAUUAUUAUUAGUGUGAGGAUUUUAGAUAUUGUUAGUGUCAGACCUGCAUUCAUUUCUUUUUAUGUAGAGUUCAUGCAUCUUUGUUCACAUUAUAGUCCCUGUAAUAAAGUACAUUUAUAUAGAGCACUGAUUGUCUUUAUUUUAGUCAAUAGUGUGUCUAAAAUCUACCUGUGUUAGCCCCCCUUCUCAAAUUCCCUAGACCACGAGCUUGUUCACUUUCACUGAACACAAUCGGGGGCGUAACACAGCAUAUUGUAAUUUUUAAGUCCUAGAUUAAAUUAAAGUUAAGUUAUAGAUAAAAUUAUAGAUAUAUAUUCUGAUGUAUUCAACAUGUUAAUCUCAACUUUCAGAAAUCUAAAAGAGCUGAGAAACAUAAACUCGCUGAACCGAUUGAAGAAGGUAUUUUUAUUAAUAACUUAAUGUUAUUAUUUGUAAAUAUAUUUUAGUGUACUAUUGUGUGUCAGUCAGCUUCUUAAUCAAUUUGUUACUUACUGGACCAUUGCAGUCAGUGUAACAAAAUUAUUGCUAACUUCUACAAAUUUUUCUCUAAAAGCAUAGUUAUGUGAAAUAAGCACAAAGAAGUAUAAUUAAUAGAGAUGACUGUGUUCAAUAUAAUUGCAGGAAUACUGGGAUAAUUUGUAAUUGAACAUUGAUUGAUUUUUUAAUUGAUUUUUAAUUCAAUCAGGUGCAUCUGAAAGCAAAAUGUCUUGUCCACCAACCAGCUCUUCAGACUCAAAUUUAGAGCCGCCAACCUUAGACACUGAGUUAGACAAGAGCACGACAAAAAUACCCAUGGCCUCUGGAAGCCAAGAAACUUCAAGCUCAAAAUCUGGUAUUGGGAGACUAAUACCUCAAGGGAAAUUUUCAGUGGAUAAAACCAGCAAACUAAAAAAGACAAGUACAAACACUGGGAGCAGCAUUCAGAAGGACCCAAAGACAAGCCAAACGUUUAAAUCUUUAUUCACAACCAGUGAACAGGCUAAGAAUCAGAAGCAUGCUCACUGGGUCACUUAUAAUCCAUUGUACUACUAG